AUGCUCACGAGCUCGUGCUCGGCGCCCCCCCUCGUGGCCCUCGUGGGCCGGGCAAGCCUCGCGCCCCAGCUGCGGCCGGUCGGCGCGGAGGGGCGCCUCGAGGAGAAGCGGCGCGAGGCGCUCGCCAGGUUCGGCGCCCACCGGCGUAUCACCCUGGAGCCCAGCGCCGCGCUCCGCAGCAGCGGUGCCGCGCCGGCGCCGCCGGAGGCGGCCGAGGGUGCGGACGCGGCGAAGGACGCGGCCGUGGCGCGCUGUCGCGAGGCGGCGCUGGCAGCGUUCCGCAAGAGCGGGCGGAUCAGCAGUAAAAAGCUCAGCGGGACCUUCGAAGAACAGGAGAUUCAUCUGUCCUUCCUACCGAUGCUGUCCUCUCGCUCCUCCCUGUCGCGGGCCUCCAGCGGAGAAAUCAACGCGGAUCCCCGAAGCGUUCUGCUUAUGCAGUCUGUUUUUCGUCUGGACCGGGGGCUCGGCGGGCUGCUGCCGCUGUUGCUGGCCUCUCGCUCCUCCCUGUCGGGGGCCUCCAGCGGGAAUGUCGCUGGGGUGUCAUCAAGCUCCCCUCCCUAUUUCUUUUUUAACCGUGGGCAUCGACCGCGGUGCCAAGGGCAGCACUGA